CGGCGCUUUGGCUGCCACCUGCUGUUUUUAACUGGAAUUGCACAUUUGCUUUGAAAUAGUAUUACCUCCUUCACUAAAAUGUCUUCCAGUGCGACUCCUCUACCAAGAUGGCCCGAUCCCCCCACCCGGCAGUCCCGCAUAACAGACGCUUUCUUUACCAAGAUGUGUUCCAGCUGGGAGUCCAAUCUGACUGGGUUUAGCAAGAUGGCCGCCGCUUGGCUUCACUCCACCGCUCCGUUGUCUUUCCAAUGAGGAUUUCAAAGGGAUGGGCGUAUCCCGUAUCCCCGUAUUCCCUUUGUUUCUAAGAGUGUCCGCGACGGGGCGUUGUAUAAAGUUUUAAAGCGGUUGAAUCCGCAGUGACUCGGGAAAGAGAACAGGGAUGGAGGAUUUAGAUUUUAUCCCAGGGGAUCUCAGCUCGGAUGAGCGUCUGGAGCUUGAAGAGAUUCGACGCAGGAAAGGAAUUCUGCUGCUGGAGAUCCAGAGACUCAAAGAUGAGCUGAGAGAGGCCAUGAUGGAAGUGGAGGGGCUGGAGAGCAACACAGAGGGGAGCAACGUUUUUUGGCAGAAACACCGGUCACCCAGCCAUGGUCGAAAAAAGUUCAACAUGGAUCCCAAAAAGGGUAUUCAGUUCCUGGUUGAGAACGAGUUGCUGUGCCACAUCGCUGAAGAAAUCGCUCAGUUCCUGUACAAAGGGGAGGGGCUGAACAAGACUGCGAUAGGGGAUUAUCUCGGUGAAAGGGACGACUUCAAUAUCCGAGUCCUCCACGCGUUUGUGGAUCUCCACGAGUUCACGGACCUCAAUCUAGUGCAAGCGCUGCGACAGUUUCUCUGGAGUUUCCGGUUGCCUGGAGAAGCGCAGAAAAUCGACAGGAUGAUGGAAGCAUUCGCUCAGAGAUACUGUCAAUGCAACCCGGGUGUCUUUCAGAGUACAGACACCUGCUACGUCCUGUCGUUCGCCAUCAUCAUGCUGAACACCAGUCUCCACAACCCCAACGUGAGAGACAAGCCGGGGGUGGAGAGAUUCAUCUCCAUGAACAGAGGAAUCAACGAGGGAGGGGACCUGCCAGAGGAGCUGCUGAGGAAUCUUUACGACAGCAUCAAGAACGAGCCGUUCAAAAUCCCAGAGGAUGAUGGGAAUGACCUGACGCACACUUUCUUCAACCCGGACCGGGAGGGCUGGCUCCUCAAGCUGGGGGGUCGCGUGAAAACGUGGAAAAGACGCUGGUUCAUCUUGACAGACAAUUGCCUUUACUACUUUGAGUACACCACGGAUAAGGAACCUCGAGGGAUUAUCCCGUUGGAGAAUUUGAGUAUCCGGGAAGUGGAAGAUCCCAGGAAACCGAACUGCUUCGAGUUGUAUAUUCCUAAUAACCGAGGUCAGCUGAUCAAGGCUUGUAAGACGGAGGCGGACGGCCGGGUCGUGGAGGGCAACCACAACGUCUACCGGAUCUCCGCCCCCACCCAGGAAGAGAAAGACGAGUGGAUCAAAAACAUCAAGUCUGCAGUCAGUGUGGAUCCUUUCUACGAGAUGCUGGCUGCGAGGAAGAAACGCAUUUCACUGAAGAAGGAGGAGCAGCAGCAGCAGUGAGAGAGGAGAGGAACAAAUAGACUUUAAAACUCGUCCUUCGUUCCAUGCCCCUUUCUUUCACACCAAGUAGCAAUCCUGGGGUACCCCCCCCCCCUCACAGACGCACCCCUUUUCCACUGGACCACAGUGACCACUAAUAUAAACCUCUUUAAGGCUGGAGGUACACAAGCAGUUUUUAUUGGCAAUUCUACAACGGAAACAAAGCAGUGGACUGUUCUGGCAAUUGAAAAAAUCGCUUGUAUAACUCUGACUUAACAGCCUGUAGCUUCCCUUUAUUUAAUGAUUUAUCUUUCUAUCUUUCUGUCCUGAUUUCUCUAUGAACUAUGGGGGGCAGUCCCUUUUUAAAAGCCCUCUUCGAUUCCGAGAUUGAGAAACGCUCGUUUUGAAAUAAAUACAGCCCCUCAGCCCCUCCUCCUCCGGCUAUCCCCUGCUUGAGAACCAACUUCCAAAG